AGGUUGCGUCGUAAGAGGCGAAAGGCAGCGAUGCUGAGCGUCGUCGUCAUCUGUCGAACGCAAACAACCAGACAGAUAAUCAAUGAGGAUGAACGGCCACAGAUGCGUGAUUGAAGGUAAACUACAGUGAUUCUGCAACGGCCUCGGGAGUUGCGAGAGCAACCGCCAUUCUUCAUCUCCCUCCAUUACCUUUGGACGUCGAGACAGUGUUCCAUCGCGCCGCCUUUCUCUUCGUCAUGUGUGUGAGGUCCACCAAAAGUGGACCGACCUGGGUCGGAUGGUUCUGCUGGAGUUAUGAGGGAGCGUGAUGGUGACACCCUUACUCUGCCCCGCCUCCCGGGCUGCCAGCACCGACAACCUCCUGACACCGUCAUUUGAAGACGACGAUUCCUUAAGAGACUUCUUCCCCUCGACAGUGACUUCCUCCGCCAUGCCACGUCCACUUAUAACGAUGGGCGAGAGCGCCGACAGCGGCGACAGCGCCGUCAUGAGCUCUCCGUAUCCUUCCUCCGCUCUGGUGUCCCUCAAUCAAAGAUGUUCCGCAGGUGGAGCCCAGGAUAAUGGCGCCACUCGAUCCGUCCCCGACAUAGAACUCCACGCCAGGGAGAACAACGGCCGGCCCGAAUACAGGGGUUACCGGCUACUGGCUCCUCAGGUGAGGUGCUCGUGCUCGCACCUGCCCCGUGCCCCUUCGCACGAGAGCGUCCGAUCGGUGCAAGGUGGAAUCAGCGAGGUAGUCGUGGUGGCACCUACCUCUUACAGGGACCGCAUCAUCCGGCAGCAUUCUCAGCCAGAGACUUGCCUUCACUGUCAUCACCCUAAGCCUUCCGCGUCCCUCCGGCACCUGCCGCGCCUCGACUCCUGCUCAACUUCUCACGCUGCUGGUGAGGGCAUCGCUACGAUCGCCGCAGACACGCUUCGCAUCAACGGGGCCCUCAGCUCCUUUAAACAGAUCUUGGAUGUGACCAAAGGAGGGCAUGAAUCAUCAGGCAAAUGUAAAGAAAGCCACCAGACUCCUUUUAAUGUGACAUCCAUUAUUUUCCUCGCCUCCCAGCAAAACGGGAGAAUGCCUCCGAUGGAAGAUAGAUCUUCAGUGACGAUCACCAGCCCGAGUGAAUCUCCCAACCUUAUCUCUCCCCCAAAAUCCCCCAUCGUGGAUAUGGAUGGCAAUGAUCAUGAGUGGUCUGGCGGGUGGCAGACACAAACAAGUAGAAAAAAGAAAAGAGCCGCUUGUUUGCCCGCUGGACCAAGGUCCAACAAUUAUGAUUCACCUUGCCCAAAACCUGAGAAGAGAUCUUCUCGCUAG